UGGCUUUGUAAAUUAAAUAAAAUGUUCCAGCCAAGUUAUGAACAACUCCUCGGUUAUCCAUCCGGUUUUGCUACAAUGAUAUAUUGAGUUUGCUGGUCCUCCAUUUCCUAAAACAGGACUCAUCCUUUGACGAGGGUAAAUGAACAUGGGUGGAACAUACAUAUCACUGGCACUCAUUGCACAGCCUACUGUUAUGUUCUUCCCUCGCUCCCAACUGGUCGCAAAUCCCAAUUGUUUUACUCCCUUAGGGCCCAAAAUUUUGCCCGGUUUUUGGACUGUAGAUAUGCCAGUCUCGUCAUAAUUAUAAAUUCUUGACACAUCAAACAUGUGCGUUUCCAUUACGGAUGACAUAUUUGAAUAAAACUGUUUAACUUCAGUGUAGUUGAAUCCAGUUAUUCUGUUAAGAUUAGUGGCUUGGGGUUUUCUUACACUAAUAGUAGGAUUUCGUUUCAGAAAGUGAAUAAGCCAAUCUUGUCCUGCCAUUCUUGAGGAUUGAUUGAAGUCAUUUUUUAUGUUGUUAGCUUCUGCGUAUUCAAAAACUAAUGUCUAAGUUCAAGUGCUGAAAUACCAUAAAAACAUUUAGCCAAUAAGAGUACCUGGUCACCAAUUUCUUUUUCCUGAGCUGAAGUAAAUGUAGGUUUCCUUCCAAGGCACAGUUUUUCCGGAUUUCCACUUCUGAUGCGAUCUUUAAGGGUCGAAACAGGAACACCAUAUGCUCUAGCUGAUUCUCUUAGUUUCUUCCCAUUCAAUGUUAUAUCUUUUAUGGCUGCGUCCAUCGAUUCCUUGUCCCAUUUAGCUCUGUCCGUUGUUCUGGCACGUUUUCUCACCAUCUGUAAAAAACCAGGCCUGUUACUAUGCACUAAUAGGCUUAAAAGUAGGUUUUAAAACUUCCCAUAAGAACCCAUGUGGAGCAAUACCGCACACUUUGUGCGAUAUUGCCCCUCACUGACAUCAUGAAUGUUUUCGAACAUAACCUAUAAGAACCUUCACAAAUCUAUCUCCUUUCACUAUUGAAAAAUACCUUAACAUACGUAAAUUUAAUUUAAAUAAUAAAAACUAUUCUAAUUGUAAAGCUUUUACACUUACCUCUUAAGUAGUGCAGUCUCAAUUUAACAAGAAAACCACGCUAAACACAAUAAUAAAAACAGCGCUUGACGUUUCAGUGUUGACUGGAAAUUUCCACACUGGGGAAGCUUGUAGACUUGGCCGACAGGCUGCAGCACUGACCAACGCAGUCUAAAUCAACUGCAGUGCCGAAAAGCAGGUUGUGCGAUAUUGCCCCGGUGUGCGAUAUUACCCCGCUCUCCCCUAUACCGAACCCUUCCUUUCCCAAAUCUUUGACAAGGUUGUCAAUUGCUGCUUGUCUCAUUUGUUUGUUUUACGUAGGGCUAGCUAAAUUCCAUAAACAUUCUGCAUCACGGUACAACUCAACAAACUUUAAUGUUUCCUCUUCCGUCCACUUCAUAUUUGCUUGAAGUAUUAAACUACACAAAUAACACUACUCAAACACGUGUGCGUGAAUUGACACGAACAAUGCAACACGACAUAGAACUCGAUCUGCUGACUGUCUACAUUGGGUGAGUAAACAGGAGAGUUGUUGGUAGAAAAUCGUCGGUGGUGGGGGUCGGGCGAGUCUAAUAACUGUUUCUCCCCGCCGAAACUACUCGACUCGCCUGCCAACUGGGUCUGACACUCGACUCGCCCGUCACUCGACUCGUCCAGUUGUUCACACUGGCCGAGUUUACGGUCGAGUACUAACUCGCCUUUCUACUCGACUAAUGUAAACCAGGCUUAAAGCUGUAUUUACACGGGUAGAGUUGUGGGUAAUAGUAGAGUAUCUAGUAGAGCCACUAUCUUGUUCACUCUACCGAUUUACAGAAGUCGCUGUUCACACACAGUAGAGUGUUGAUGAUAGUGAAGUGUGUGCCUCUUUUAAAUUCCUCAAAAUGAGUUUUGUUGUAAAAAAAAGGAAAUUAAUUAGAUCAGUAAUUCCUAGGUUUUUAAAUGUGCUUCUAAGAGAAGUUGCUGAGGCUAUAGAUGAUGAGGCAAAUAGACAACGAACAGAAUGGGUCAGGGAAUGGCUUAAAAGAAGGAAUACAUACGGAGCAUCCUCUCUCUUGUUAACAGAGCUAGCCAUGGUGUUCCGAGCAGGCGAAAAAGACAGGAGGCCUCGGAAGCGCGCCCCUCCCAAACUCGGAGCAAAUCAUAAAAAAAACAAUCCCCACCGACUGACAAGAUUGGCCGAGGUGGGAAAAAUAAUAAACAAAAAUAAAUUGUCCAAACUGAGCCCCGGCUCAACGGUGGAUGAGAAAGAAUACAAGAAAUGUUUGAGGAUGACGCCAAUAAAAUUUAACGAACUAUUGGACAUGGUUAGUGACAAAAUUAAACGGGAAGACACAAUGAUGCGUGAAGCGAUACCUUCUAGGUUAAAACUCGAGGUUACAUUAAACUUUCUAGCAACGGGUAACAACUAUAGGAGCCUAUCUCAUUUCUUUAGAAUUUCAAUACCAGCAAUUUCUAAAUUUGUGCCAGAGGUUUGUGAAGCGAUCUCCGAAGUACUCAAUGAUUCAAUAAAGGUCAAUAGCAAUAUAAGGUUAUAGAUGUAGUUUAUUUCAAAAAUAACUAAAAUAGUGAUAAAUAUAAGAAAAAAAAAAUUCUGUUAACUCUAGUUACGUCCUCAGGUAUUGUAAUCCAAUAAACUAGGCAACUUAAUGAAAAUUAAACAUGUACCAAUUAGGUUAAAUAAAAAUCUUGUUUUCCAAAAUACACUUUUAUUGAUAAUUAAUUGACGGUUUGACAAUUAAUUGAACUGGUAGACGGUACAUUUUCAGUUUUCGGUCAUUUCCAUUGCUCGUUUAAUUACAUCAGAAGUGGUGUUGUUAAUAUUACAUCCAUUUUCAAUGGAAUCAGUUUGGUCAAAUUCCAAAAUUACUUCCUGAGGGAUACCUCCUUGGUCGAUAAACACCAAAUCAGAGGCUGUUGAAGGGCGACUAUCGUUGACUGAGUAGCUAUUAGUUGAAGUGGGCGUCCAUGUGUUCUCUUGAGAGAUAAUAGAUAAUAAUAGUCUGGGUCUUCGACCUCUGACUCAUCAGUCUCGUAUUGUUCAUCGUCGAGGUCCGGAGCAU